UUGUUGCCCUUGUGUAGUAAAUUGGCGCAUUUCAAAUUAUAUUUCGUCGCACAAAGCCGAACGAAAAUCGCGAAAAAGAACCCGCUAAUAUGUUCCCACGAAAUCACGUUUUCACUUGUUCAACACAUCAACUGCUCAUCUCACACACCCACUUCACUUCGCCAAACUGUUCAUUCCAUCUUUUCCGGUGAAUUGCUGCUGCUUCCGGCGAUUCGAUCCUGCUUCCGGCGACUUGGUGCUGCUUCCGGCGAGUUCAUAACGGUUUUCAGGUGGUGAGUCAGGUGGAGGUCAGUGGCGAGGCUAGCGGCAAUUUUGGCGUUAAGUAAUAUAGAACUAGAUUAGAGACAAGCCAUAGAGGUGGCUCGUUUACAAAAGAAGGGUUGAUGACAAAAGCUCAUGCCCUCAUGCUAUAGUGGAGUAUUGAUGAAGACCAAUGGGAUUGGUUGAUUGACAAUCAUUGGAGUACUGAAAAACAAGAGCAUAUCAGCAAAAUUAAUACGGAAAACAAGCUAAAGUUGACUGAAACACCAGCCAAUGGUUCAAGAUCUACAGCAAGAAUAAUGUAUGAUAUGAUGAAUGAGCCACCCGUUGUUCCGACACAAGAUCUUGAAGGAUCAUCCGAACUCGUUCAAGUGGAGCAAGAACCCAUCUAUGUUAGAUUAUUUGAGAAGACCAAAAAGCAUAAAAAUAAGGAUGGGACUGCAUGCUGGGAACCGAUUGCUGAAAAAAAUUAUGAGGAACUCAAAAAACUUCAUGAAACUCAGAUUCAGGAGCAUGGUGAGGAUACACUCAAUGUGAAAGAUGCUUACAUUAAAGCUUUGAAACGUAAAUCUGGGUAUGUGAGAGGACUUGGUCCUGGAGCUCGACCACCAAAAAAAGGUAAAACUGGAGAGAACAAUGAACGAUUAUCUACCCAAGUUGACACUCUUGCUGCAUCAAACGAGGAACUUAGAGUAUCAAAUGAACAGCUUAAAGCAUCUAAUGAAGAGCUUAAAGCAUCUAAUGAAGAGUUCAAGGCAUCCAAUGAAGAGCUUAGAGCUGAAUUUUCUAAACUCAACAAAGACGCUAUUGAACGUGAAAAGAAAAUGAGAGAAGAUAUGCUGAAACUGUUUCAGGACAUGAGGAACAAUGAGUCGUGACUAUUUUUCGAAAUUAGUAGAGGAAGCUAUGUAAGGCUUGGAUUGUGUGAAUUUCUUCGUAGAUUAUGGGUAUUGGUAAUUAGUUUUUUUUAGAUUUACAUUGAUUUCUUCAAGUUACAUCGAAUGUCAAAUUUGAAGAUUAUUUUGUUGUACUCCGAUUAUAUACAAUUUGUUAUUCCACGAAUACUUCUUCUAUUAUCUCAUACUUUUAUUUUUAAUA